UUUUGAAGCGCGGGCUUGUUUUUUUUAUCCCACUUUUCAUUUCUCCUGAUCCGCGGUGGCUCGUCUGAUCCCGGCUCUCCUCGCUCCGCUCUCCCGGCUCCGACCCCCCGGCCCCCGGCUCCUGUGAGAUGCUCUGCCCGCUCCGCGCUGCUCUCUCCUCCGCUGCGAACUUCACUCACGGUGCUUGAAGCAGCGCGAAGGGAUCCAAACCAGCCCGGGGAAACCCACAGGGAUCCGGCUCUUCUCUGGACCAGGACCCGCUACUUUGGGGAAAGUCGCUCCCGUGUCCCCCCCUCACUGCUCCUCCCUCCUCGCGGCUCGUCCACCUAAUCCAGGUGGUCCGGGCUGUUCCGAGCGGCUGCUGCAGGAGGAUUACUCUUCUUCUUCAUCUUCUUCUUCUUGUUCCCGGUGAAGAGAUCCCAGAAGGACACUUUGAUGUUCUCCAUCCAGGACAGCCUCCCCCGGGGGGCCCUGACCAUGAAGGAGGAGCCGCUCCCCACCGGCAUGACCCCGGUCCGCUCCUGGAUGCAGGGCGCGGGGAUAUUGGACGCGAACACCGCGGCCCAGAGUGGAGUGGGUUUAGCCCGGGCUCACUUUGAGAAGCAGCCCCCGUCCAACCUGAGGAAGUCCAACUUCUUCCACUUCGUGCUGGCGCUGUACGACCGGCAGGGACAGCCGGUCGAGAUCGAGAGGACGUCCUACGUGGACUUUGUGGAGAAAGACAAGGAGUACAACGGAGAGAAGACUAACAAUGGAAUCCACUACAGGCUACAGCUCCUCUUCAGCAACGGCAUCAGGACAGAACAGGAUCUGUACGUUCGACUCAUCGACUCCAUGACCAAACAGGCGAUCCUCUACGAAGGGCAGGACAAGAACCCCGAGAUGUGCCGCGUCCUCCUCACCCACGAGAUCAUGUGCAGUCGCUGUUGUGACAAGAAAAGCUGCGGAAACCGCAACGAGACGCCGUCUGACCCGGUCAUCAUCGACAGAUUCUUCCUGAAGUUCUUCCUCAAGUGCAACCAGAACUGUUUGAAGAACGCAGGAAACCCUCGAGACAUGAGGAGAUUUCAGGUGGUGGUCUCCACCACGAUCAACGUGGACGGUCACGUGUUGGCCGUGUCAGACAACAUGUUCGUCCACAACAACUCCAAACAUGGCCGCCGCGCCCGCCGCCUGGACCCGUCUGAAGCAGCCACGCCCUGCAUCAAAGCCAUCAGUCCGAGCGAGGGCUGGACGACAGGCGGAGCCACCGUCAUCCUCAUCGGGGACAACUUCUUCGACGGCCUGCAGGUCGUGUUCGGCACCAUGUUGGUCUGGAGCGAGUUAUUAACUCCUCACGCCAUCCGGGUCCAGACCCCCCCUCGCCACAUCCCAGGGGUCGUGGAGGUCACGCUCUCCUACAAGUCCAAACAGUUCUGCAAAGGAGCGCCGGGACGCUUCGUCUACACCGCACUGAACGAGCCGACCAUCGACUACGGUUUCCAGAGGUUACAGAAGGUCAUCCCUCGCCACCCCGGCGACCCCGAGAGGUUACCAAAGGAGGUGCUGUUGAAGCGAGCAGCUGACCUGGUGGAGGCGCUGUACGGGAUGCCACACAACAACCAGGAGAUCAUCCUGAAGCGAGCGGCCGACCUCACGGAGGCGCUCUACAGCGUCCCCCGCAGCCACAACCAGCUGCCCUCUCUCACCGGCUCGUCCGCCCACUCAGGGAUGAUGGGCGUGAACUCGUUCAGCAGCCAGCUCGCCGUCAACAUCUCCGAGGCCUCGCAGGCCGACCAGGGUUACUCCCGUAACUCCAACAGCGUCUCUCCUCGCGGCUACGUGCCGAGCGCCACGCCCCAGCAGUCCAACUACAACUCCAUCACCUCCACCAUGAACGGGUACGGAGCCGGGAUGACCAACCUGGGCGUCCCGGGAUCCCCCAGCUUCCUCAACGGCUCCAGCGCCAACUCCGCUUACGCAAUCAAACAGAAGAGCGCCUUCGCCCCCGUCGUGCGGCCACAGACCUCCCCGCCCCCCACCUGCACCACCACCAAUGGCAGCAACCUCCAGGCCAUGGCCGGUCUCAUCGUCCCGCCCAUGUGAGGAUGACAGUCUGACUCCUCCCCUCCCAACCCAGCGCUGAUGGCCCCGCCCACCUGAAACACCACCACUAACAGCAGAAAUCCUUCCCAUCAUCCCUCACUCCGACCCCCCCACUCCCCCCCGACCACACGAAGAAAACAUAGCCCCGAAUCGUCACCACAGCAGUACAGGCCACGCCCCCUCAGUGGAGGGUUGAGGAAUAUGAACUGUGGGCGAGCGGGGGCGGGGCCUGCAGUAUCAUUUAACAGGUUAGUUUGAGUCGUGGGCGGAGUUAAACCACUGUGAGACAGGAAGGAGGCGUGUCCACCGGGAGCUUCACAUUUAAAGGGCCAUUCCACAGUUUCUAUAUUUGAAAUCUGUUAUUUUCAGACACACUGAACAUGAGUUCAAAUUUCAAUCUGAAGCCAGAACGUCGUCUGAUCCAGACUCUUUCAAACCGACUCAAACAUUUAACCUGACUUGAAACUACAUUUGUUUAAUUUCAUCUGGAAACAAAGAAACGCACCAAAGAACCAGAAAAUAUAAAACCAGUCGGAAACAAAUGUUCUUCAACUGAAGAUUCACAAUUCACAUAAUUCACAUGAUAUCUAUUCAUCGCUGAGCCUGAGUCGGACCGAUUCCAGAAACCAGGAGCAAACCUUUUCCUUUUCAAAUCUGGAAAAUAAAAACCGUCGGACGGUUUCCAGAAAUGAAUCUGAGAUCCUGAACGUUUUCCCACAAACUCAGAAGUUUUCAUGUUUUUGUUUCAUCCUCUGAAAGAAGGAAACUUUUCUAAGAUAAAGAAAGAAAUGAAGUUUUCUCUCAUUCUCACGUUUACUUUCGACGUCUCUGGUUCUGAAUCAGUGGUUCUGUUCCGUCGAGUCGUAGAACCAGAAAAGCUUCAACACUUUUAUUCACAUUCAAGUUUCAGGUUUUCUUCUUAUUCCUGAUUGUGCUUAUUUUCUAUGUAUUUAUAAAGUUCCUUUGUGAUUUAGGCCUGAACGAUAGUCUCAGAUAUAUAUGUAAACACAUUUGAUGUCUUAAUACCUUUUAGAUAUUGUAAAAAAAGUGAACAAGUGAGAGGAAUUAACCUUUUUGUAAAAACAAAAAAUACGUCAUGACGUGGUCUCCCUGUUUUGGAAACAGGACGAAAAAAAAACGCUUUCAUCACUUUUGUAAAAAAAUGCUUUUCCGAUACGAUAUUUAACUUUUUGUAAACAGCAUCAUUUGUGUUUCCCCUGGUUCUUCUUGUCCUUUGUGUAUUAUUGUGAAAUGUAUAAUCAUGGUUAUUUCUUAAUGCACUAUUUUCGUUGGGGCACUUAAUAAGAGCAAUGCAUCCGAGCAAAAAAUUAAAAAAGCUAAACGUUUUUUUAAAAAGAAGAAGAAGGAUAGAACGAUAUGCACCGAGAUGUUUUUUUUCUGGCAGAAAUCCUCGUCAUGUGAACGUUUAUAUUUCAGAAGCUUCAUAAUAUUCCAACACUUUUACUUUAGAUGUUUAGAAGACGAUAAUAUUUUAUCCAUUAAUAUGAAACUCAAACCUGCUCGUCGUGUUUUUAAAACCAGGCGAGAUUUUAAAACGAGUCACUGAUCUCAAGGAACCUUCCAUCGAUGUUGUUGCUGAUGGUGCUGUUUUCGUCGUUGCACACAAUCCAGAUCAUUUAAUUAUGCAACUGUUUCCUGUUCCGUAACGCCAGCUGGUCGUCCACCAGGGGGACUUCCUGUUUGAUGCCUUACGAUCGACCACGAGUCUCCGCCGCUGUCUUCGUCCAAUAGCUCUGCAGCGUUGAACCAGAACGGUCCACUGGUCCACUGGUCCACUGGUCCACUGGUCCACUCGUCUCCAGUCAAACUGGGAGAGCUUUUAUUUCCUGCACCAAAUAUUCAUCCCUCAGGUUCCACCGACAAAAUAAAAGACUAGGUUCAAGUGUCAGACGCAGGUUUGACUGAAGAAUCACUUCUGUAUGACGUAACCAUGUUUAGCAUCAUCACCAGACACGACAUAAAACAGUUAUAUUUAAAUGAUGUGUAUAUUCAUAAUUAUCACAGCGUCAGUGUCAAAUCAUAAGAAAGAUUCUCAAACAAAUCAAAGUUUCCGUUUGUAAAAAUUACCCAAAUACAGAAAUCACAACAUAAGUGAGAUGUUUUAUUUGAAAAGAAAAGAUUUAAAUCUGGACUUAUUAAUUCACAGCAUCGUGAAUGUAGAUUUCAUGAUGACAAUAAAAUCAAACCUGAUCUUUAUGAUAAUUACAAUUAAUCCACUUCAGUCGUUCAUGUUGUUGUAGAAACAGUUUAUUUUUUCAAACUGUAAAGAAAGAAUCAAGAAUCAUCAGUUUUUCCAUCAUAAGAAACUUCGACGUCUGAAGUUUGAGCUGAUUCAAAUCUGACUUUAUGCAAAUUCAGCCGGACGGAGACGUUCAGUCCGAAGCAGCGACGCGUCCGUCCCUCGUCUCCGUCCCUCGUCUCCGUCCCCCGAUGAUCACAUGGUUCUCGUCUCAGUCGUAGAAAGUUUCUUCUCUCCUGCUUUUCAAAGUUACUUAUGUUUGACUCCAAUGUGAACGAGGGCAGAGGAACUGCAUCUUUGUGAAAUAUGAAAUAUAUCAUCAAAGUAUAUUAAAGCACAAUGUUUAAUUAAUGUCUUUAGAAAACAGACAGGGGGCGACAGCUCCACCUUCUUUCCUUUCUGUCUCUGGCCAUGCUGUAAAUAGAUGCAUGUUCUUUUGUUGGUACUUUCCUGUGAUCCAGUGCUUUUUGUACAGAAACAGUCUAAUAAAGAUUAAAUUUGGCUUGAA